AUGGCUGAAGAUGUUCGCCAAACUCUAGAUACAGUUGCUGAGCUGAACUCACUGCAGCUAAUGGUUGCAAUAGCACGGGCUCCCUACUAUGUGCUAGAUCACAAAAAGCUGAAUACUGAGCUGGGAGUACUGAGUACUGUGCCUAUAACUAGUGGGAGCGCUGAAGCUAUACUGUGGAGAACGGAGCAGCUGGCGGCAGUGGAGCAUUUAUGGAAACUUUGCAGAGCCGACACAGACACUGGUGGAAUGGAGCGGAGGCACCACCCGGAAGCUGAUGCGGGCUUGAUUGGAGCAGCCCACAGGAAGCGGCGGGCCCCGAGCAGUUUGCUGCGGAACAACUGGAGCAGCCUCACGAGCAGUGCGUGGAGCGAGCAGUUUGUCGAGACGGCCGGAGGAGCAGAGUGCGACGGCCCAUGGUUCAACAGGACAUCUGAACCUCAUGUUGGGUACAUAAGUUCUCACUGUGUAUAUCUACUUUGUGAGCUGAAGUCCCCUUCUGUGAGUGACUUCCUCUGGGGCCUGGAGAAUUCUGGCUGGCUAAAACACAUCAAAGCCAUCAUAGAUGCGGGCAUCUUCAUUGCAAAGGCUGUGGCAGAGGAAGGUGUGAGUGUUCUUGUUCAUUGCUCAGAUGGCUGGGACAGAACAGCUCAGGUUUGCUCUGUAGCAAGCCUUCUAUUAGAUCCAUUUUACCGAACUAUAAAGGGAUUUAUGGUAUUAAUUGAAAAAGAUUGGGUUUCCUUUGGGCACAAAUUUAAUCACAGGUAUGGCUAUUUAAAUGGAGAUCCAAAAGAGAUAUCCCCAGUUAUUGAUCAGUUCAUCGAGUGCAUUUGGCAGCUAAUGGAACAGUUUCCCUGUGCCUUUGAGUUCAAUGAAAGAUUCUUGAUCCACAUACAACAUCAUAUCUAUUCCUGCCAGUUUGGUAACUUUCUAUGUAACAGCCAGAAGGAGAGGCAAGAGCUGAAAAUUCAAGAACGAACAUAUUCGCUUUGGGCUCAUUUGUGGAAAAAUCGUGCAAAUUACAUGAAUCCUCUGUAUAGAGAAGACCACAAUCAGACCCAGGGGACACUGCACCCACAGACAGCUUCCUGCAAUUUCUUGUACAAAUUCUGGAGUGGUAUGUAUACCCGCUUUGAAAAGGGGAUGCAUCCCGGGCAGUCAGUUACCGAUUACCUGAUGGCAGUGAAAGAAGAAACUCAACAGUUAGAGGAAGAACUGGAAGUCUUAGAACAGAGAUUGGCAAAUCUCAAAAAAGUGCAGUUAAACAAUAGAAAAGAAAACUAUAAGCAACAAGACCACAACACACAUUUAGGGCUUUCUACCUCUAAUAACAGCAUAGCUAACACACCCCAGGAUUACAUUAAUAAUGUGAAAUCAUUCCCAUCCCGGAGCCCUUCACAAGGAGACGAAGAAGACUCAGCCCUGAUUCUGACCCAGGACAACCUGAAAAGCUCUGAUCCUGACCUCUCAGCCAACAGUGAUCAGGAGUCAGGUGUGGAAGAUUUGGGCUGCAGGUCCCCAAGCGGUGGUUGUUGCCUGCCUACUGAAGACAGUGGCAAAGACUCAGAUGAAGCUGUGUUUCACGCUGUCUGAAAUGGCAUCUUUCAUCAGAUGAAGAACAGGCACGGUCCUUGAACAUUUAAAAAAAUUCCAAAGAAAAGGAGCUGUACAAUUGUGUAUGUAAGGACCAGACAGAACCACAACUUAUUACAGCUAAUAAGCCACAAUGUUAAUGAAAGGUAAUCUCUGCUAUUAUGAACAUUUAUUUAAGCCCCUUGUGGUUGCUUUGUUUAACCUUAUCAGAGCCAUAAAGAAUUAUUCAUUUAUUUUUGCUUUCCAAAUGUUAUUUUUAUAUUUCCAUAAUUAAGCCUACUGUACAUAACUGUGUUUUUGUUGAGUAUUUUUGCCUUGAAGGUAGUUGUGUACAUUGUGGAAAUAUUGGGUUUGUUCCUUAACAUUUUCAAAUUUAACAAUUUUGUGAAAAAAUUUCUAUUAAAAUCCUUUCAAAAAAGA